GUUCAACUUCCUGCUCUUCUGUAGUUCCACAACACGCAUGUUUUCAGCUGUUAAAGAAAACACACUUUGGUGACAUGAGUGCUGAUAAUUAUGUUGGAAAUGUGUCUGUGCCUUUACGAAAUCUACUGAACUCCAUCCAGUGUAUCAGAGACCGAGUCAGAGAUGGAGAGUCCAAUGAGUCAGACGGAACGUUCAACCUCUCCAACUUCUGGGACACUCUGAACCAGGCAGUGAAGUCCGUGUCCCAGGAAGCCACUAAACUCAGCCUGGCCUUCUCCAAAUCCCCGCUGCCAUCUCAACAGGACGGAGAGACGUUAUCAGAGUCCACCCUGAAGAGUGUCCUCACUCUGUCCACAGUGUAUUACUGGCUACCCAAGAGCCAAGGUGUCAGUCUGCGGCGACAGGUCAGAAACGCCACCGUCGAGGUUCUGGAGGGAGUCGCCCAGCUGGUGGAGGUCAUACUGAGCUCACCGCUACAGAGUCUGUCCCAGGAACAGUUGUUGUCAACAGGAGGUGUUUGGUCAGCCUGCGACCACUUUGCUCAGUUGCCACAAGAUAAUAAGGCAGCCGUGUUGGUGGUUCUGUCCAAUCAGAUUGGAGUUGUGAAAGACGCCAUAGAGGAAAUUGAACAGGCGUUAUCGGAGGCCCAGGACCCAUUCAGUGACGUCCUCGACGAUGACCAGGAGCCCCGAGGCAACCAGGACACUUACUGGUCAGAGAAGGACCGGCGCGUCAUCGGUCCGUGCCAGGGGCUGAUGAAAGCGUCGGCGGCGGGCCUGAGGAAGCUGAUGUCGGCCGUCAAAGCCAACGGCAACGUCACCACGUCUCAGAACCUGGCUCAGCUCGACGACCUGGCUGACAUCAGCAAGGAAAUCAGUCCUGGUGUUGAUGACCUGGCUCUCUGCCUCUACCCGCCCAUGGACUACAGCGGAGUGGAAAACAAUGUAUCUAAAUUGGCAGCACUGUUAAAGAAAGUUCUGGAGAUCAUCAGGUCCAGUCAUGUGUGUGGAGAAUCACAGCUGACCUGGGUUCAGUUCUUAGACGGAGCCGUCGAUCACAACCUGCAGAAAGCCAAAGACCUUAUUCAACAGGACAGCUAGUGUGUGUGUGUGGUUUUAUGGAGUGAAUGGCUACAGUAGCGUGCGUGCAUGUGUGAAGUACAUAUAAGAGAUGUGGAUUUCUAAAAGAGUGUGUUGUACAACAUCUAAUAAUAAAAAGGAAGGCCUGGUGUCCUCACAUCAA